AUGAAUAAACAUCAACGCUCUACGUACUACGUACUCGCUUACCGCCAGGCUCAGCUGGCAUACAAGGCUGGGCUGGGAACCGCGCCGCCGAGGAUGUGCCAAGCACAACGGGCUCCAAGUCGCACAGCCCAUGUCAGCAACCGACCGCCAUGGCCUUGUAGGGCGCGCGACAACUCCCUAUGCAGGCCAAGACGGAUGCUCGGCGCCUUCCACCGUGCGAGGGUGAGGGGUGAUGGUGGUUGGAGUGGUUGGCAGCGACACUGCAUGCCGAGGCUCGCCUACAGAUUACCUACACAUUACGAACCCCGGCCAAGAAUACACCACACGGAAGCAGCCAUGCUAAUAGGCUAA